UUAAAGUUAUCCCUCAGACAUUGACAGCUUGGAUCUCAAGCCACAGUAAACAGCAAUGGCUACUGCCUACCUAUGUCUGGUCUGCUGUAUAUUCUUACACGGGUUACUGAAAGUACAACCAGCUUCGACUGGUCUGUUCCGCUCCAGGACGGAGGCUAAUGUCGUGUUGCGGCAGAAACGACACAAUUCUGGCUUUUUCGAGGAGUUCAUGGAAGGCGACAUAGAACGGGAGUGUAAAGAAGAAAUCUGUGACCUGGAGGAAGCCAGAGAGUUCUUUGAGAAUGACGAGAAAACGAUGAAGUUUUGGCAGAGCUACAUGGAUGGAGACCAGUGCAAGUCAUCUCCAUGCCAGAAUGGUGGCGAGUGCAAGGACCAGAUGAGCGCGUACACUUGUGAAUGCAAGACAGGCUUCGUUGGGAGCGACUGUGAAAUUGUACUGGCCAGGGAGUGUGAUGUGGACAACGGUGGCUGCAUGCAUUUCUGCGAGUCGGUGGGGGGCCGAGGAGCUGAGUGCCACUGUGCCACCGGGUACAGGCUGGCAGAAGAUGGCAUGUUCUGCGAGAUAGACGGAGAGUGGCCCUGUGGCUUCGACAGGCGAGUGGUCCGUCUGAACAGUGAGGCACGCACCACCCUGGAACACAACUCCACCAACACCAACAACACAGUAACAUCUAACAGCAGCAGCAGCACAGACACCACCAGCCCAAUCCUUACUCCGACCCCAGCACCUACACCUCUACCCACCACCACGGCCUUCCUCCGGGGCAGCCGCAUUUCAUCCUCCCGGAGCCGACUACCCCUGUGGAUACGCCAGAGUCUGCAGCCCUUACCACCCGUCAUGGCGGCCAAAGUGCCCGUGGUGACCAACGCCACCACAACUCCGGCCACCAAUGUGAACAAGAGGAUCGUGGGAGGGGACGCUGUCUUUCCAGGGGAAAUUCCGUGGCAGGUGGCGCUAGUGCAGCGCUCCACGGAUGAGGUGUUCUGUGGGGGCUCCAUCGUAGGGGAGCUGUGGGUGGUCACCGCAGCCCAUUGCCUGGAGCCGGCUCCAGAGGGGUCCUUCUUUGUCCGAGUGGGUGAGCACGACGUCAGGAAGCAGGAGGGCACCGAGCAGGACCUGGAGGUCUCCAAGCGCUACGUGCACCCGCUCUACGCGCCCCGCCAGAGCCGCUUCAACCACGACGUGGCCCUCUUGAAACUGGACCAGCCCAUCAAGUUCUCCCUCCACGCCCAGCCCAUAUGCCUGGGCCCCAAGGCCUUCAGCGAGGCCCUGCUCCAGUCCGGGGAGAUGGCACUGGUCAGUGGCUGGGGCCGGCUACGCUACCAGGGCUGGACCUCCAGCACCCUCUUGAAGGUGGAACUUCCGUACGUGGAGCGAACAGAGUGCAUCGACAGCAGCAGUGAGAGGAUCACCUACUUCAUGUUCUGCUCGGGGUACGGGGACGGGAGUAAGGACGCGUGCCAGGGGGACAGUGGCGGGCCGCAUGCCACGCGUUUCAGGGGCACGUGGUUCCUGACGGGCAUCGUGAGCUGGGGGGAGGAGUGUGCCAAGGAGGGGAAGUACGGGGUGUACACGCGCAUCUCGCACUACUACCGCUGGCUACGCUACAUCAUGAGCAACAACCGGGAGAUGCUGGACGAUGUGGUGGACCUUUAACCGUUAACCUUUAAAGCUGCAGUAUGUAACAUGUUUUAAGUGUUCAUUAUCAACAUUUGUUUUGCCCAUUCAAAAAGUCAUUUUUUCAUGAGUGUACCACCACAAAUUUCAAGCAAAUCUAUUGGCUGUGAGUGAAUGAUGUUCAGUGAUAUGGUGGACAUUUGACCAUCCUUUUUUGAGUGUUCUCUACCACCAUCAAUGGUCCAAUUUGCUUUGAAUUAUGGGAACAUUUAACCUUUUUAAAUGUGUAUUAACCUUUAACCUUAAAUGUGUAUACUUUGUAAAAUAUCUGAAGUGCACGUCAGUGUUAAAAAUCUGUGAUGCCUGUUCACUACCACCAUCGAUUUGCUUUUAAACUGGUGAAUUGCACUUCACCAUUUACUGUAUAUGACUCAGCCACGUUGACUCACUUUACAAGCCCAACCAUAAGUUUAUCUUAGCUUAGUAAAUGACAGCAUUGUUUGUGUUCGUAAAGAAUAACUGAAAUGUCAUGUUUUAAUAAAGCUUUUUUCAGUGUACAGCAAAAGAGUGUUCAGUGCACCAAGAAGGUACUUGAUAUUUUGCAGAGCUUUUCAUCAAACCCUGUGUUCCUCACAGAGUAAAAAUGUUGCACUGUGUGAAAUAUACAAAAUAGCGUAUUAUACAGUGGCUUUCAAAAAGGCUUUGCUUUGGCCCUGAGGCGGAAAGCCUGUUUAACAUGUUUUUUUCCUUAAUGGCACCACAUUUCUUUGCCACACCUGAUCAAUUAAUGUCAAACCCCGCGGCCUGAAAGACAUGGCAGAUUUAUAAUGCAGAUGUAUGUGUACAUUACAGUAUACUUAUUCAUCCAUUAGAAGUAGUAGGCUAUUACACACUUCAGUGUGCACAAAAGAAACGGCUUCAAUCAAUGCCCUCAGGUGUACACAAUGUAAAACAAUCCUUGAUGAAAAGACGGAUCCCAUCUUUCAUAGCAUUAAGCCGUUUUGUCACGUGCCAUUGAUUUGGAUGAAUGUUGCCGUCAUUGAUCGCUCCCUCUAUGACAAACUACAAACUGACCCACUUUUCUCUUAAGAGCUUUAAUUACAUUUGAGAAGUACGGACUGCCGAGAUAAAUGGUUCAAAGCUGCCUCUGGGAAUUACAGACAUACCGUAAUAGUCAAUAUUGCCACAGUGUCUUCUGAAGUAUAAAUCAUGGUUAAUUAUGUAACUUGUAUCGACGAAGUUUCAAGAGACCAUGUCAAAUAGCAAACAUAGGAUUUUCCUGCCAUUCCAAAGGGCUGUUUUGGAAAAUCAUGAAGCAUGAAAUUUCACUCACACAUGCUCACACAUACAAAAUGUUUAAAAAGAUGUUCUUCUCUACGUCUAAAACGCUUCAACUAUGUGUUUUUGUAAGAAUUAAAACUGGAUUGGAUUUUAUAACA